GCCAGCGUGAUGCUACGGCCACGGCCACGAUCCCCGCCCAGCACGAGGGUUUCAGUGUGGUAGCUCAGGUUGGCCUGCAAUCAGAGCGGACUUCCCAGAGGAGGCAGUACAGUCUCAGUGCGAAAGGUGGAGGGGGGACCGGGCAGCAGGAACCGCACAGUUAGGACUGGGAACAUAGGAGGUGCCUGAAGCAGUCAAACCCGGAGCAUGCAAGUGUGGGGUUUUUGUUCUCCCCAGCCUGUAGGGGUGCCUUGGAAAGGUCACGAAAAGGCCCUCUCCCCUACCCCCUUCCCUGCCGUGGUGCAUCUUUUGGAGGGAACUGGUAAACUGAACAGGAAAUAGCUCAGAAACAGCAGGGCAUCGACCCAGAAACCCAACCGGCCACCUCCCCUUAAACCGGGGAAAAGGAAGAGCGUUUAACAAAUGUGGGGGUUUGUAGCCCCAGGGGAUACGGCAGUGACCCAGCCACACGGUGCGCUUGGUGCUGAGGUUCUGGCCAGAUUCAUAUUUCGCCUGAUGGGGCAUGGUGGCCCCAGGGGCUGUCCCCAGCCCACCAGCCUUUGCUCCCUGCAGGGAAGGGAAGGUUUCAGGGCAACAGUAAGAGCCCCUUAGUCUCUGAAAUACCCAAUGCGGGCCUUUAGUUGAGACCACCUUCAGCAUUCUCUGUGGCUGAAGAAAUCAGGCACCUAAGGGUGCCCACCCGGGGUUUGGGGGACCUUGCUGCGAGCCCUUAACUCCGGUCAGCCGAACGGUAAACAACGUGGCCCCAGACACGGUGCGCUCUGGUUUCCAGAAGGCGGCUAACUGCCCAAACUCGGCCCUGGGGGUAGGGCGGGCUCGGUCUCCUGGACCGCCGGACCUGCGGGGUUGCUGUGCGCACGCGCCUCCUUCCGAAAGGGCGGGGCGGGUCCUGCCCACUCCUUGCGUCCUAUGCCCGCGCGUGCGCAGGGAGGCCCCCCACCCCACCUCGUCCUUCCAGAGCGGCGUGAGCGAGGCGGCGGUACCAUGGCCCUGGAGGCGAUCCGCUACUCCCGGGGCUCGCUGGAGAUCCUCGACCAGCUGCUGCUGCCCCAGCACAGCCGCUACGAGGCAGUGGGCUCGGUGCGCCAGGCCUGGGAGGCUAUCCGCGCCAUGAAGGUGCGCGGCGCCCCGGCCAUCGCGCUCGUGGGCUGUCUCAGCCUCGCCGUGGAGCUGCAGGCGGGUGCGGGGGGACCGGGCCUCGCCGCACUGGUGGCUUUCGUGCGCGACGCGCUGAGCUUCCUGGUCACCGCUCGGCCCACCGCGGUCAACCUGGCCCGCGCGGCCAGUCAGCUGGCCGACGCCGCAGCCUUGGAGGCCGAGCGCGAGGGCGCCACGGAAGAGACGGUCCGGGAGAGAGUGAUCUGCUGUGCCGAGGACAUGUUGGAGAAAGACCUCAAAGACAAUCGGAGCAUCGGGGACCUAGGAGCCCGCCACCUCCUGGAGCAGGUGGCUCCUGGGGGCGGCAAGGUGACCGUGUUGACCCACUGCAACACUGGUGCCCUGGCCACUGCUGGCUAUGGCACAGCCCUGGGGGUGAUCCGCUCGCUGCACACCCUGGGCCGUCUGGACCACGCCUUCUGCACGGAGACCCGGCCCUACAACCAGGGAGCCCGGCUGACUGCCUUCGAGCUGGUCUAUGAGCAGAUCCCCGCCACGCUCAUCGCCGACAGCACGGCAGCAGCCGCCAUGGCCCACAGAGGGGUGUCAGCCGUCAUCGUAGGAGCCGACCGCGUGGUUGCCAACGGUGACACAGCCAACAAGGUGGGCACCUACCAGCUGGCCAUCGCUGCCAAGCACCACGGCAUCCCCUUCUACGUGGCUGCCCCCAGCUCCUCGUGCGACCUCCAUCUGGAGACAGGCAGGGACAUCGUCAUCGAGGAGCGCCCAGGGCGGGAGCUGACCGACGUCAACGGGGUCAGGAUUGCAGCCCCCGGGAUUGGGGUUUGGAAUCCUGCCUUCGAUAUCACCCCCCACAACCUCAUCACCGGCGGCAUCAUCACAGAACUGGGGGUCUUUGCUCCUGAGGAGCUCCGGGCAGCCCUAAGCACCACCGUCUCCUGAGGGUGGGUACCCCCGCUGGACCCCAGAAGUAACCAAGCUGACUCUCCAUAUCCUGCCCCCAUUCCCUUAGGUUUUGUAAUAAACUUAUUCAUCGAA